AUGGGUAAUGAAUCGAACCAUCACAAUAACAACUAUCUCAAUGAUUAUGGAGGGGAUCGACAGAGUCAUCGACAUCAACAAACACGGUGUUACACAUGCAGAGGUUUUGGAACAAUUGAUGCCGAAGAUACCUGUCAUCUCUGUCAGCAUCGUGACAAAACAUGGUCUCACUAUAGCUCAGGAUGUUCAUGCAGUGGUUAUGGUCGUCGAUCAGCUACGAAAAGAUGUGACGAUUGUUUCGGCAAAGGUUAUCGAUAG